AUUCGUCAAGAAAUGACCUUAGAAAUUAAAGAAAUAACACCUCAUCCUUAUUGCUUCAAUAAAAACUGCUCUAACUGUAAAUGUGGAGAGAUUAAUAAGGAAUUAAGAUAUGAAGAAGUAUUUGAGUGUUCUCAUUGUGAUAAUGUUAUAGAUAGAGAUGUUAAUUAUCUUGCGUGGAAAUAUGUUCCCUGA